AUGUCGUCACAAAAUGAAGCUGCCUACCUGGAUGCCGCGAGAUCGAGCCCUCUCGCAGUCAAGGACGCCCCAGAGCCGGCGCCUCCAUCGUCUAAUCAGCUCAUCAUCAAGGCCAAAGCGAUCGCUGUCAAUCCCAUGGACGCAAUGAUCCAACAAACUGGCAUGAUCGUUCCACCUGAGGCGUACCCAUACAUUCUUGGCUGCGAUGUUGCUGGAGAGGUCGUUGCCGUUGGCUCGUCCGUGGCGAAAGUCAAGCCUGGCGAUCGAGUUCUUGCCUGUGCAGAAAGAGGCUGCUUUCAGAAGUUCAACACCGUUGACCAAAGUCUUGUGACCAAGAUACCCCAGAAUGUCAAGGACACAGAAGCAUGCGUAUUACCCCUUGCUCUGUGCACAGCAGCGGUUACAUUGUUCCAGAAAGAUACGCUGGCCCUCGAUCUACCCCGACUUGAUGCGAGGCCAAAUGGCAAAGUGGUCCUGGCUUGGGGCGGUGCGUCUGCCGUUGGAACCAAUGGAAUCCAAUUGCUGAAGGCAGCAGGCUACGAUGUUGCUGCUGUUGCUGGAAAUCGCAACCACCAGUACUGCAAAGAUCUCGGCGCUGACUAUGUGUUUGAUCACAAGUCGGCAGAUGUCGAGAAGGAGAUCAUCGAGACUCUGAAAGAAAAGUCAUUCGCUGGUGUGGCAUGCUUCAUCAUGUCUAUGGACAUCAUCGCAGCUUGUGCUCGAAUUGCAGAUCAGCUCGGUGACAACCCAAAGAACAAGUUCGUCGGCACAGUACUGGCUCCAGGAAUGAAUUAUCAAGGACCUCUUCCGGACGGCGUGAGCAUCGGCUAUACUUGGGGCGACAGCUUAAAGUAUAACGAAGUCGGGCCUGCGAUCUGGGACAAAUGGUUGACCCCAGCUCUCGCGAACGGAAGCAUGAAAUGUAAGCCAGAUCCAGAGGUUGUGGGAAAGGGCCUGGAGAGUGUACAAGCCGGACUGGACCAAGUUGCUAGCGGAGUGUCUGCGAAGAAGAUCGUGAUUGAGAUUGCGUGA